AUGGUUGCCCUCGACAGAGUAAACUACUCCCGACCACAACAGAAUGCGCCCAUGAUCCCGCAGGCCGACCAAUAUACUGGAGCUGGCAAGGUGCAUGGCAGCGUGAACCACAGUUUAGUCGACAAGGCGCUUAUCAGGGCCAUCUAUGCCUUCUCUAUUCGCUGGCUUCACUUACGAAGCCCGUCACAACCACAUGAAACCCGGAAUAUCCAGACGCAACUCGAGAGUAAUUUGUGGCACUGUGCCGCAGAGCUAAUGCAUGCCAUAGUGUCACAGCCAUGCUACCGCUCCAUAUUAGCUCUCCAGCUAUUUUCAGAGACAACGGUCCCGGCCGACGCGCAUGACGAAGGCAUCGCCGAGCUGUGCCAAACCGCUUCAUUGGCCCAUUACAUGAAGCUCUAUCCAGCCUCGGUAUUAAACGAACCAAGAUUUCUGUCUUCCAAAGUGGCGGGAGCUGCAAAAGAGGACCCCAAGCACCUUCCGAUGCAAGACACGGCGCUUUGGCUCGGAUGUAUCAGUGAUGUUGCAAGGUCCAUUCGGAGUCAUCGACCACUCAUGCUUCUAGCAGGUCAGUCGGCAGAGACAAAAGUGUGGGGGUAUAUUAGGGAGCGAGCUCAUGUUUUCGACAACUCCUUUAAACACUUGCAUUCUACUCUAGAAGUGCUGCCGCCCGAAGUCGUGUCAAUCAUCUUGCAGAAUGCGUCGGCUUGCAAGACCAUGUUUUGGUGGAAUAUAGUCCGCGUCCGUAAUGCAUUGUACGAUCCGGCUGGGGAUGAGUCAGUGACACAGACUAUGGAAAAAGCUUUUCAAGAAUAUCAUCAUUUUCAAGGCGUCUUUGCACCCUUCUUGGACAUUUGCUCGAGAAACUUUCAGACCCUUGGCCAGGAAGCCCAACUACACUAUUUUCUGCUCGUUAUACACUUUCACUGGGGCGCCUUGCAACUUAGUAGUCUGCUCUCGCAAACUAGGACUGCUGAGGCGUCGACAGCACCGGAGCCAUCGAGUAUUACAAGCGUUCAAGCUAUCAUCAAUGUCGUUUCGCUUAUUAGCAGCCCUAGUCAAUGGAUUGUGACCGACAUGGACUUUCCGAACCUUAUUCUUCGGGAUCCAUUUCCAGAAACGACGGUCGAUAUUCUUUCUACUACCGCCAACAGAAUCCUAGACCUCCAGGCCGCAGGAGAGCUCCCGGUUAGCACUGCACAGCUAAUGGUUUCCACAAUUCUUGAUACUCUGGCUGUGAUUUCUAAUAUAUCGCGCAUGGCGGCUCGGACUCUUGACCAACUGCGAAUAACUAUUGUCAAACAAAUGAUCGAACCUGUCGGAGGAGAUGAUACAUCAACAUCAUUUUGA